CCGCACCACCACCAUACUGUCUAUGACCACCACGGCACAAGAGCCUCCCAAUGGAGCCUCCACUGUUGCCAUAGUUACCAAGUAACAAACUAACUUGGGGCACGUCCUUCUCACUUCUUUUUAUAUGUCAAUGGUCCUUCUAUGGGCACGUCACAAGCUAGAUUUUGAUUGUCAACUUUUGCAAAUGUGACGUUAUCGGAGAUAAAAGAACAGGUUGUCUUCUGAAGCUUUGAUUUCAAACUCUAAAAUAAUUAUUAAGUAAACAAUACUGACGACAAGGAUGGAAACAAAAAACACGCGGCCCAUUUUCCCUUGGUACAAGGAGAGGUUGCAGACCAAGUAUCAUAAAGCCCCAGCAAACAAGAUGUCCUUGAUCGGUAGUUGUUGCCGUUUUGUAAACGUGAGCCUCGAUGACUUCAGUGACUGCUCGUCAGUCUUAUCCGGGGACCAGAGAGGUGUCUCACCAGUUAUUUUUCAUGACACUCCAAACCAGAACUCCAGUCAAAGGCAUAAAAAGUGCUCCUCUAAAGAACAUGCUUGCUUUUCAAAGCAGAUGAUCCAAAAGCAGAUUCGCAGAGAAUAUGUGGCUGCUGUGGAGGAAAAACUCAAACAGCAUCCUCUGGCUAUGUACCUGCACUAUAAGGAUCAUAUGACCCCAGAUCUAUUUGAUAAGGUGUUAUCCGUCUUGGACCCAGACAUGAGCGUUAUCAGUGCCUCUGCACUUCCUACGCUUACAGGAGAUGAUGUGGAGGAGGAAGAUGAGGAAAACUGUACAGAGCCAAGUCAGGAAGAAGUGAACAGAGCAAAACACAGAACUUCUGCUGAUAAAACCAGUACUAAUGGCCAAAAUCCAAGUCCAAGAAACCCCUAUAUUGUAAAAAUGAAUGGAAAUUGUAUCAAGAAAGGCCAACAAGUGAAUCAACUGAGCAUCCAUAAAGACAUGAACGUAGCCGCCAAACCUUUCAGCAGACAGUUUGUCUCUCCGGACGAAGAGACAAAUGUUACGGAAUCUCCAAUACUGGGCCUUUCAGACUCUUCAUCUCCAACUUUCCCCAUUUAA